AUGGGUGGAGCCCAAGACAAAAUCAACAGAGCACAUACGAGCUCUGCAGAGCAAGUGCCGGAAUGGGCAAUGCCAUCAUUCAAACAUCUUAUUUUAGCUUCGAAAAAGUCCAGACAGCAGGGAAAAAUGUUCAAAGAUGAGGAUUGGGCCAACAAACCAGGCGGAGGAGACCCAUGUGUUGUGGGCGGAGCCCUCUCAAAAUGGGCAGUACUUUUCAGAUGUAUUCGUAACUCCAUUUAA